AACAGACAAGCAGAAGGAUUUGAAUAUGGCGUAGUGGGCGGGCGGGAUACAGCAGCAUCUCUCCUCCCUCCCCUCCCUUUCAGUCCAGCAGGAAGUUUUAGUUCUUGUGUUAAGAGUUUUUUGGAGAGACGCGGCGGGCGGUUAAACCCGCGACCAGCCGGCAGAGAUGACAUGAGCAGCGGGCGGCAGGACAGUUUUCUUCCGUUUUUUUUAUUUUAUUUUAUCUUAUUGUACAGCAAUGCCAGAAGACUCAGUAUGUUCAAACGGGGAAUAAUUGAUUUACUCCAGCUCCGAGUUAUUCAACUGCUGAGUUGUGUGUAAAAUCGUCCUUAAGGCGUCAUGGCAAACGUUAAAGUUGCCAUUCGAGUCCGCCCUCUUAACACAAGGGAGAUUGCGGAUGGAGGAAGGCUUGCAGUACAGGUGGAGGACAAGUUUGUGAGGGUCCGCAAUGUAAAGCUGGAUGGACGCACAGAUGGUGCCGUGGAUUCGAGGGAGAAGCUUCUGGAGUUUCGCUUUGACUACUGCUACUGGUCGGUGGACCCUGCAGACCCUCAGUAUGCCUCGCAGGAGGAGGUGUUCCAGGACCUGGGUGUGUCGGUGCUGUCUGGAGCCUCCGAAGGCUACAAUGUGUGCCUUUUUGCGUAUGGCCAAACAGGAUCUGGCAAGACGUACACCAUGAUGGGGACGCCGGACUCCAUUGGCUUGACCCCUCGGAUCUGUCAGGGCCUCUUUAGGUCUGAGGACACUUUUCCCAAUGGGCAAAACUCAAGCAGAGUGGAGAUCAGCUUCCUGGAGAUCUAUAACGAGCGUGUGCGAGACCUGCUGAGAUCUGGAGAGCAGAAGAAGAGAACCUCUCUGAGAGUUCGAGAACACCCUGAGAAAGGACCCUAUGUGCAAGACCUGUCUCAGCAUGAGGUCUCAGACUGCAAGCAGGCCAUGGAACUUUUGGAGGAAGGCAUCGCCAACCGAAUCACAGCAGCAACCCACAACCAUGAUGCCAGCAGCAGAUCCCACGCCAUCUUCACCAUCCAGUACACACAGGCAAUUCUAGAAAAUAACCUCCCUUCAGAAACUGUCAGCAAGAUUAACCUUGUGGACUUGGCUGGGAGUGAACGAGCCGACCCCCACUACUGCAGGGACAGGCUGACAGAGGGCUCUAACAUCAACAAGUCCUUGGUCACUUUGGGCAUCGUCAUAUCUGCUCUUGCCCAGAACUCCCAGAUGUCCAGCAGCUGUCAGAGUAUCAACAGCAUGGCCUCCGAGGGCGAUGGCAGCACUGUGGGAAGCCACAGCAGCUCCCUGUCUGGAGGAGGAGGGAGGAGGCACUGCUUCAUCCCCUACAGAGAUUCUGUCCUAACCUGGCUGCUGAAAGACAGCCUAGGGGGCAACUCCAAGACCAUCAUGAUUGCAACGGUGUCGCCCUCCGCUAACAGUUACAACGAGACCCUCAGCACCCUGCGUUAUGCUGCCCACGCCAGAAAUAUUGUCAACAAGCCUCGGGUUAAUGAGGAUGCCAAUGUUCGGCUGAUCAGAGAACUGAGAGAGGAGAUUGACAGGCUGAAGAGCAUGCUGCUCAGCUUUGAAAUGCAGCGUAAUCCGAGUCCAUCCCUGAGCGAUGAGAGGGAUGGAAAUCUUUCUGACAUCGUGCUGCAGAACGAAUUAAAGGUGGAGCAGCUGACCAAGGACUGGUCUGAGAGCUGGAGAGACAAGAAGGAGCUGCUGGAGCAGUACAGUGUGGACAUCAACAGAGAACGUGCCGGAUUCCUCAUCAACUCCCUCCAGCCACACCUGGUUACUCUGGAUAGAGACGUUCUCAGCACCGGGGUCGUCUUCUAUCACCUCAGGGAAGGAAUUACUCACAUUGGACCUCAGGAACAGUUUGAAGAACCACAAAUAGUUUUGCAGGGCAGUGCCAGCUGUGAGAUUGAAAACCGUGGAGGUGUGGUGAUGCUCAGGCCGCUGCCAGGCUGCGUCUGCCUUCUCAAUGAUCGAGAGGUCACUGAGCCUUGCAGACUGGCUCAAGGGAUGGUGAUCACCUUGGGGGGAGUGCAUAAGUUCCGCUUCAACCACCCAGCAGAGGCAGCGGUCCUCAGGGAACGCAGACGGGCCAGUGAAGUUGGCAUGAGCUGCACCUACAUUGACCUUUGCCCCUUGACCUCUGACCACAGUGUUGAAGAGCCGAAGCUCCAAGGGCAGCUGGGUGCUGGUCUCCCCCCCAGUGAGGAGCCUAUUGCUAGGCAGCAUGUGGAGGUGCAGCAGCGCUACGUGGAGAGUUUGCGACAGGAGAUUCAGGCUGAACAGAGACGAGCUGAGAGAGAGCUGGAGAGGGAGCAGGCCCACCUUCGACAGCAGCACAGUGAAAUCCAGCAGUGGAUUUUGCAGGAGAAAGAGCGCCUAACGACUAUAGAGCAAAGAAUCACCCAAGAGUCAGGAGUUCAAACAGAACUUCUCCCUGCACCUCUCUUGGAGCACCUGACAAGUCAGGUGUCUGAUGAUCAGAGAAGUCAAACAGUGACUCGUCCGUCCCCAGUGGUAAGGGCCAGGAAGAAGGCAGUGCAAGAGGAGCUACUAAAGCAUCACGCCAUUUGCCGUGCCGAGAGUCGUCUCCGUCGGAAAAGGUUGCACUACCAGCUGGAGAGAAUUGCCCGCAAACGUCAUCUGUUGGAAGCUAAAAGAGAACUGCAGCGGCUGGAAAGGGCCCUGCCUUCUGGACCAGACAGCCCUGAAUCUCCUGAGCAGGAGUCCUCUCCAAAACUCAGAGGAAGACCGUUUGCUUCCCGUAGACACUCAUUCUCAGCGGAUCUCCUGUCCCGGCUCUACCCACAGAACAGCCCUAUCUUCAGACACUUCCUUAAGAGGAACAGAUCCGCAGAAAUGACAUCAAAUUCCUCCACAACCUCUGAUUCCAUCGGCAGCAGGAAGUGGGUUUCAGAUGAGUGUCUCCCUCGGGAAAGAACCCAGAGUUGUUCUGGUACGCUCUUCUCAGGACAAAGUCAAGCCUGCCGGAGUAGAGUAAGCUCAUCUGAAAACAUCAGACAAACUGGCAAGGAGGAGCCCCAAGCUCAGCCCUGCCGGGAAAGACCAGAAAGAAAGCCUCUGCUGCCAAACCGAGACCUGUCUUUCAAGAAAAGAUUGGAUCAGAAUUCGCCAGUUACUCUCAAGUCACCAAUAGGAACUUGUUUGCAACCAGUCAGCAAAGAAAAUUUACAAAGACCCUUAACACACAAACCUAGUUCCCAAAUUGCCCCUUGCAUAAAUGAGAUAAGUCAUUCCCUUGCUGGUAACCAAGGACUAGAUACCAUCAGGAAGACUGUCUCUCGUUCUGUUGGACCCAGAUUAAAAACGGCUCUGUCCAAAGUGUUCAGGAAACCACCCUCAGGUGCAAAUGAAGGACGAGGCCCCAAAACUCUGGGGAGGAUAGCAAGCAAGUUUCACUGGAGACAAAAAAGAGACAGGAGCCUUAAAGAUACCAAGAUGAGCCAAAGCAAAUGUGCAGUUAAAUCAGCCAUCUCAUGUGAGGAGCUUGACCAGAGGACUCUGUUUGAAGACGUUCGAAAGAGGCGGUGGCACAGUACUGAGGCUCUGAUGAACAAAACCAACAGAUGGGUCGAGAGACAGCAGGGAUUGAUCGGAUGGGAGGAAGAACAAGAAGAUGGGAAUGAAGAAACGUCAGACUGUGAGAGUCUUUUUUCUCUUGAUUCCCUGUCCUCUGCUUAUGCAACAGCCCUAGCAGAGCAGCUGAGACACGAGGAAGCAGUUCAGAGUGAAACAGAGAGCGAAGACAGUCAGAUGUCAAAAGAUUCACUGGCUAUGGAGAGCAGUGGGAAAUACUCAACAGUGGACAAUCUUCUCCAAACUUUGGUGCCAAAUCACUCAUUGAUUACUGAUUGUCAGACAACUCAGGUAAUCUCAGCAGAGGCAUACUGGACCCAGCAAGAAUCCUCAAAAUCAAAACACUGUGAUGCAAAAAGGCUUCCUUUUCCUUCCCAAACCCCACUAGUAUCCGAUUCAAGAGGCAGAGACACUGUACAGAAAUUGAUUGAAGACUUUGGGAACAUGCAGACCACUUCGACCAGCAGCCCACGCUCCCUGAGCAGCUGCAGUGUGAGGGAGCCAGAAAAUUUGCUGGCGCUCACUGAUGCCUGGUCCUCCACCGAUGCCACUGACAGUCCCAGGGUUCACAGAGAUUCUCUGCCUUUCCAUAAAAAAAUGUUGUUGAGAGGUAUAGAGAGCAGCAGCAGUCCUAGUCCGACCAGUAUGAACCUCUCAGACUCUAAGAGCAGAUCUGUGAGCUGUAGCUCAAUGUCUACCAGCACUGAGGGUGUAAAUGUAACCGUGCAGGAACACACUGGAAAAAUUUCAAGGGACACAUCAGAAACAUUAGAUUUUCAAGACUCUCAGCUUAUAACAAAGCCAGAUGAAGCCCUGAAAGGAAUUAUAGAUACUCCACAUGAUACCUGCAACACAAGGCCAGCAACCUUCCCAACCUUAGAUCAAACUGCUUCUGUGUCGUCCUCUGAAGUCCAUCACAGUGAACAACAAGCAACACAAUUAAAAUUGCUUCAGGUGUCCUCAGAUGUACCUGACGUGAUGGCUGCUGACAUUACGAUAUUAUCUGACACUGAAAUGUGCGUAUCAGGUAGUCAGUCAGUGAUGCAUUUCUCUGCAUGUCCUACAGAUCAAGAGCGAGUAUUGAACAAAAUGUCUGACGCUUUCAAUGUCUUCAGACAUUCCACUGAGGAUGAAGUACUAUGCAAUGUAGAUGGUGCAACAGAAAAGUUGAAAAAUAUGCAGCAGUAUGAGUCUGGGGAUACCGAAUAUGGAUCAUUUACAAGGGACAAAACAUCAGAUGAGGUUGAAACCAAAGGCACUGAGCAUUACAUUGCACUACAGCAGGAGGUUGUUAAAUCACCUUGUAAAAAUUCCAGGAAGAGGAACAAAGACCAACAGGAUGCUUUCAUAGGCAGCCUGAAAAUCCCAAAAAGGAGCAACAGCAGGGAGUUGGUAACUUUCUGCUCUGCACCAGUUGGCAGCCAGGAAGAUAUUUGGCCUGAUGACAAUAAUAACACCAGUGACUCAAAGGGGGGACAGUUGUCUGUGAAGUCUGACAGCCCCGGAUUUGAUUCUGUUUGUAUUGAUGGCAGCAUUAGACAAAACACAGCGAGUUCAUUGGCAUCGCUGGUUUCUGAUCCCUUGGGCAGGAAACUUGGACAGAGUUUUCUGAUUUUUGAGGACCCUGAAUGUGGUGACAGCAGUUCUCUGCGUGGUACCUCUGUUGGAGUGAUGAAGGUAGUCGAGACGGGAGAUGUAGUGAUAAAAGAAGUAGCUGCAGAAACAAAAGAGGGGGAAUCCAAAAUUAAUAACCCAGCAAAAUAUCAAGAAGGUAAAAAACAUAUAUGCAGGUCAGAUGCUAUUUGUAGCGCCAUUGACCUGAGGAUCUCAGAAGUAGUGAAAGAGCACAUGAGAUUGUCAUUGACUGGCAGCGAUGAUGACAGGAAGAGCAGGAGUCAAAGCAUGAAUACCUUGUCAACAACUGCAUGCCAUUUUGUCUGUAGUGGAUGGACAGAAAGAGAGCUGAGAGAUGAAAUGAGUGAUCAGGUGAAAGAACAAGCCGUCCUUGAUGAACACCUUUCACUGGGAAGGAUGACAAGUGAAAACACAGCAGACCAAAGUGACCUCCUGACGUCAGAUCUGCCAGCUGAAUUGAGUGCUGGCUAUGAAAGCAAGGUGCUUAAGUCCACUGAAGAACCACAGAAGUUUGCCUGUGCUCCUAACUUUUCUGACAUGACAUCGAGCAAGCAAGUAAGCAAUCACUGUGUUUUCCAAAACUCCACCAUCCAAAACAACAUCCAAUCAGAUCUGAAACUCAACCAUGCAGAGUGCUCUGACAACGCUAGUUUGGAGUCAGUUAGUUUGUCUUCAAUUUGUCAUUCUUCAGGAGAACGCAUCGUUUCUCAUGGAAAUGCUGUAGAGAAAGAUGCUAUAUUUCAGGAAGUGAAUGGUUUGGAUAAACAAAAAGUAACAUCUCAUCUUAAUUUUAUCAUCAGUGAUACAUGCCCGAAUGAAGUGGACACCCAGGGCUCUUUUGAUGCCCCUGUGGUGAAUCCUGAUAACCCAGAAUGUCACCAAAGGCCCCACAAAAGUCCGUCCUCCAUGGGUGAUACAAAGGAAAACUGUGGCUGUAAACAUGUGAGUGAUGUCGGUGUUGAAGCCGCAUCCAGCGCGGAAGAUAAAAAUGUUUUUUCAUUUCAACAACAUAGUCCUGACACAGGUGGAGCAAUAAAAUUAUCAUCUGAUGGAGGAAGUGUUAAAUUCAAAUCACAUGCACAGAACACACCUACUGAUGAGAAGGCCUCAAUGAAAGGGUUUGCUGAUCAGUUCAGCUGUUCACAGACUCAUUCAAAUCACUUGGCUCAGACUUGUGUGGUCACUAUGAAUAAUAACAACAACAAAUGCCAGGGUUUAUCAAAUUCACUGCGCAGCUUUGAUAAGUUUACUCAAACUGAUAGUAAACAAGAUUGUGUCAUGAAAAUUGACAGAGAGACAUUGACCUUGCAAUCUGAAGCACAGGUUUCAAAGGUUGCAGAGUCAAAAUAUGAAUCAAGCAUUUCGGGUUUUAUGCAGCCACAGCACAAAAUGCCCCAUGGAAAGGCCAUCAGAAAUACAAGUUCCUAUGGAUCUUUGAUGUACAAACAGGUUGAGAUAAACACACCUGGUGAUAAACAGGGUAGUUCUGCUCCUAUAUCGAAAAAGGCCAAGUAUAAGAGGUUCAGAAGGGUUAAGAUCCACACUCAUCCCACCUCUUCCUCCGAUUCCUCUCUUAAAUCAUCAGAAGAGGAUGAGGAGGAUGACAGAACCACCAGGGUGCACCAAAGCUGGCUCUCACCUAAGUGGGUAAAGCUUGGCACUCACAGUGAUGACAAACAAGAAGUCGGUAACAAUUCUGAUAUUUUUACUACAGUGUCAGUGAGCAAAUCUGAAAUCAAGGCUUUUUCUGCUGGGAAAAUUGAAACUAAAGUUGGUAGAGAUUACACUGAAAAAAUACACUCUUUAUCCCCUCAAGCAAUGUCACAAAAGACAAAUGUCACAAAAAGCAUCCCUCAUGCGAAGAAGGGUGAACCACAACAUACACUGAAGCCUAAGGACUCUGCGAUGCAUUUCGCCUCCAGUGACAUCAACCCUUUUGUUCACCAGUGGCAGGGUGAUGACCCAGUCUGUUAUAAGAACCCAGCGUUCGGAAGUGCUGCUGAUCUGACCUGUAAAUCUCCGCUUUUGAACAGCGCUGAGAAACGUAUGACAAGAUGCUGCAGUGUUGACAAUGGUUUGAAUGGGCAGAACUCACCUUUCAAUUCCCAUCUGAGCACUUAUGCCACCAACAAGGGGCUCUCCAGCACACUGAGCAGUAUGGAAGAUUACAAGGAACAAGUGAACAAAACACCUGAGCUUACGCCAUGCCAGCUGGCAUCUGCUGAUAUCCACAGUCAUUUAGCCAAUCUGACAGUGACCUGCACCCCUUCAAGUAAAAAUGUUCCCAGUGGCUUUGGUAACAACUCUGGUCGGGUGGAUGAAAUUAUGUUUGUGUACUCGUCUGAGCAAGAGUCCCAGGCAAAUAACACCCCAAGGAGGACGUGUGAACAUGGCACUCAAACCGAGCGCUGCCUUCAGGCAGUAAAUACUGGUAACCCUAGUAACGCUCCAAAGAGGAAAGAGCGGCACAAAAGGAGCAACACUGAUGUGCCUGCAACGCAGAAAACCAAAGUGGACGUUAAACAGUCUCCAACAUGGGCCAGUAUGGAAAGCAUGUCAGCUCAUCUCUCAAAGCUGAUCGACAACACCUCUGACCUGCUGGGGGACGUCCAGGGGAUGAGAACGGGCGAAGCAAUCAAGUCUAGCCCGAGGAGGAAUGUCAACUUGUCAAAUGUCACCAUCUCUCAUAAUGAAUCUAAUGACUCUACAAAGAUGGACUGCUCAACUCAAACAGCUGUGGAUGUUGGGAUCCAGACAGAAAGACCUUCAACCCCCGGAAAGAAGGAAGUUGCUCUUCAUCAGACACCCUGUGACACAUCCAGAUCUCAUGAAGUCAGUCUGAUAGUUAAAGUGAUUGGGUCUGAGGUGGUCAGUGUGUCUCAGGACAAGAAUGUGCACUGUGUGGUUAAGGGUAAGGCAGAUGAAAAGAUGCAGAACGUGCCCGCCCCGAGGUUUAACGCCUCUGCGGCAGCACAAAGGUCUGCCUCACGAUCAGAGAGUGGCUCUUUAAAAACUCCACCUGUAAAGACCGCAGGUGAAUGUCAAAGACGUGUGAGAUCUGCUUCUUCUAGAGGCUCAAAGCAAAGCUCGCCCGAGGCACUGUGCCACAAAAGUGUUGCAAUAUCUGAAAAUCUCAGUCCGGCAUCAAAAAAUGAUCCAUCACUUUCUUUAAAGAAGCAAGCCACAUACACAGACCGUGCAUCGUCUCCCAUACUGACUGUUGGAGCAAGAUUGCGUAUGAAGCAGAAAGGAAACCAGUCAAUGUUAUGCCCUACAAAAUAUCAGGAUAGAAAUAAAUGUUAUAAUUCUGAGAAACCCAGCCUUACUGUGCCCUCUAGCAAACAGUUGGCAUGCACAGCUGUUUCAGAUGAUCAAAUGUCCAGACAGGAUUGUGAUUUUUCCUCUUGUAAAUCAGAAUCAGUAUCACUUGAGAAGGUCAGUGAAAUGAGUUGCUCAAGCCCAAAAGGCUCUGAUAAGUCCUCUAUAAGCCUUAGCUCACUGGAUAGAUACACAGACACUGACAGGAGGAACAUCACGGGUAAAAACAAGGGUCCCCAGUGGGAGGUGACCUCUCAGCAGUGGAGGACUUCCACUUCAACUAAAGGUUUAUCUAUGCAGAGCCAAAUCCCUCCCACAUUAAGAGCCACUGAUGUGCACCAACAUCAGGCUAAAGCCAGAGAUGGAAAAACAUCAAACUACAGCAGACCUGCCGUUGAUUCUGUGGAUUAUUGCGUUGAUUCCUACAAUCCAUCCCCAGUCAGCAGCAGGACCGUUCAACUUCAAGAGGAGGACACGGUUUCACUUUCCCCCAGUGAGUGCAACACAGAUAUCCUUGUGAACAUUAAGCCUGUCACCAGCAUGUCCCCAUGUCAAGACCAUCAGGUAGUUCCAGAGGACCUACCCAUGCACAACAAGUUCACCAACUGGUCAGGCAUCAGCCAUCAGCAAACAAAACCUUCCAAUAAACUGGCACCAUUUCUUACCAAAGACCACGACAAGAGCAGAAACUGCACCGAGUGGGCUGAGAUGGAGAGUCAUGGCUCAAAUGGAGAGUCCGCGAUGCAGAGCGACAGGAGGGCAAGAGAGAUAGAGAGACUGCGACAGGAGAGGGAGCAGGUCAUGGCAACGGUCAGCCUCAACGUGAACCCGACCCCGCUGACUGUGGAGCUGACAGAGGCCAAGCUGCAUUACGGCCUCGGAGAGACGGAUACGCUGCUGAAGAUGCUGACCCCAAGGUCCAGAGAAGAGCUGGAGCCCCCGACCCCUGCAGCUACCAAACAGCAGCUGUAUGACAGACAUCGCAGGAGUAUUGAGGGUUUGAGGCAGGAGCGGGAGGAACGCCUCCAGACUUACCGAAGAGCUCGUAGUCUGAGUCCCAGCAAACAUCCUCACUGCUCUGCACAAGAGGCCGUUUCUUCCUCCAAGGUGUCUGCCGUUACGCCCAGUAGGCGGAAAGAGUACUUACAACAGCUCCGCCAAGAAGUGAUAGACAGCACAAGGAUUCAAGAACCCCCACGAGGAGAAACUCAGUAUCCGUCUGACAUCGAGCAGCUGUUGCGGGACUACGGCCGAGCCCGGGAGGAGGCCAGGACAGAGAUUGCGAAGGCGCGAGAACGACUGCGUGAGAGGACCGAGCAGGAGAAGAGGAGGCUUCAGCAGCAAGCUCUGUCUCAGGAAGUCCAGGAUGACCUGAGACAUCGGACAAGGAUCAGCAACAGCACCUUGUGCACGGGAUCCAGCCUGAGCCUUUCGUCUGGACCGACAUCGGGGUACAAUAGUGGCAACGCCGCCCAGCUACAGCACGGCAGCAGACCUCUUCUGACUGGACAGAUCACAGGUUUCCAGGACGAAGGGCUGAAGGUCAGGACGCGUCCUCCACUACGUGGUCCUCAAAGUGUGAAGACGCAGAGAGCCUGGCUGUCUGCCCACGACGUCCGUCUUGAGCCUCCUGUCGCCGGGUUUGAGCCCCUGAUGACCUCAUCUCCAUCACCCCCAACUUGUACACGUCAACGCACCGCCUCCUUUGGCUCCUCCUCUUCCAUAUCCACAACCUAUCACGAUAUCACAUCAAGCCUUCUCGGUCGAGCCCUGGCUGAGGUGCGACUGGCUUCUUCCGGGGAUUUGAACAACUUGCUGCUGGGCAAAGCCACAGCAGGCUGGAGGUACCAGGGAGAAGAACGAGGUGUCCAGGCUUACUACAGGUCCUCUGCUAGUGCAUCUGUCCACGGUUUCCUCGGGGCCGGGGAGCUCGACAGGCCUUCGGACAGACUGUGGACCACAAUCUGCCAGUUGUCCAAGAGCCACAUGUAUAAUCAGUCAGUCCGUUCUGUGUGGACACGACCACUAGAUGACAGCACUCAGCUGGUUUACAUACUCACAGAUCCGUCCACCUGCCACCUCAGCCAGCCACGUGACUUCUGCUGCAUCAGCACCGAGUCCAAACAGGCUGGCCUGUGCGUGCUGGCGAUGCAGUCCGUGUUCGAGGAGUCCCUGCCUCGUCCCAGUGUGGAUGCCGUCCGAGGUGAGAUGAUGCCCAGCUGCUGGGUCCUGCAGCCAGUUAGGCGUGGCGGACAGGAAGUCACCAGGGUCAUCUGCUUACUACAGGUGGACCUGGGAACUCCGUCCUUCCCUCACCGACUGUUGAACACUGUUGCCAGAAGACAGGCGGCUGUCAUCGCCGACCUUGACGAUUUUCUCUCGUCCUCGUAAAUCCAGCAAGAAGACGCGUCAGCAGUGAGCACUUAGACUAAACCCUCUCCGGCAUGGAGUCAGUCUGUCUUUUGAAUUUGCACCUGAAAUUUCUUUACUUGACUUUCUUUCAUUCCAAGAGCACUGUUGAUUCCCAGUUACAAAGGUGAAGCAGCUUUUUUAUUCUUUUUGUAUGAAGAUUUUUUUUUUUUUUUAUAAAAUAUUGAAAAUGUAUUUUUAUAUUUGUCUUGUACGUGAAUGCCUGUAACAAUCAUAAUCCUAUUUUACCAAAGAUUGCGUAGAAGUCUCACAGGAGUGACUGAGCAUGUGUUUCCUUUAGGUUUUGACAACUCGAUAAGUAAUCAUCCAAGGCGGCAAAGCUACAAAGUUUAUCCACCUUACUGAUUUUUUUUCAUCUGAUGAUGAAAUAGGUUAAUUAGUCCAUUCUAACAUGAUAAAUAUCAGCCAUUUAGCUCCCUUAAUGCCUGUUAGAAAUAUGGUGAUGUUGAUAUGUUGAUUUCCACCUUAUUGUAACAAGGACAGCCAAAUAUAAACCUUUAAAUUGAAGAUAACCCAAGGUUACACUGAUUUGAUGUAUAUUUACAAUGCAAGUGAGUUUUCAUCAGUGUUAACCUCCUGUCCAUCUACGAUAUCUAUGAUAGAUUUCCAGUGUUGUAGUGACAAGGAAAUAUACAUACACUUGACAUUAAGUCCAUUUGCAGAAGGCAGCACCAGUUUCAAAUCUUGGUCAAACAUAUCAAAUAUACUAAGGAAAUAUUCUCAAAUACUGUUUUGCCCUGCUUUGUUGCAGUACAUGUACAUACUGACGGGUUGGAAUAGGAUAAAAGGUAAUUUUAAUUCUGGCUGAAGGCAGGGUAGUUUGGGAGAGAAGGGAUUUUAUUGUUUUUCACAUCCUAAAUUAUUAUUUUAUUUCAGCCUUCCUUUGCAGUAAAGAUAACAGUUACAUAAACAGUCACAAUAAAAAGACCACUUUUUAAAGGUUUAAGGUAAACAUCAAUAAGCACUGGGAGGCCUUUGUUUGUUUCAGCCCUGUCAGUACUCCAGUAACAGUCCUACAGAUAUAUAAGGACAGCAGAGAUCGUAAGGUGGUGUGCUGAAGUAUUGAAGGAAUGUUAAGAGUUAUUUUAGUUACUCUUCAGCUGUUAUUUGUAAUGUUUGCCUGCGCAGUUUUAAGCCACUCAGCAGCACUUUGUCCUGAAACGAUUUUGUAGCAAAACAGGGAGGUUGGGAAAUUGAGACCUUUUUGAACAUAGCAAGUAAAUAAAAAGACAAGAUACUGAAGAUCCCACCAGCUGCAGGGGUGAUGCCCCUUUGGCACAGCCUGACCUCUGACCUCUCUUUAUUUCAUAAUUAAAGCUGCGUUGAGAUAUCGUCACACUGUGGUACCCCAAAUGUGCAUAAGCUCAGUUUUAAGGCCUUUUGUUCUCACCUGUUUCUGAAGUCUUUUGUAUUUAUUGUGUCCCUUCUGCCGUCAGAUUGAAAUGCUGUUGAAUGUGUUUUAUGAGGGUGUUGGGAUUUUUCUUCCACGAGCAAAGCGCGGUGUUGUGUUUACGGCUACUUGCCUAAAACUGUUGAUGCAUUUAUUAAUGUUAUAUAUUAAAAAAGUGUGUUUGUUGUUUUUUUCCUUUUCGUUUGUUAAACCUAUGCAGAAGUUGAUCAAAGGCAGGACUGUUUGCUGUCAAAGCUAGCUCAGCUCUAUCCACAUAUGAAGCCAUAUUAUUUACAGUAGUUGUAGGCUUGCAGGUUCACGACUGUUCUGGUGCUGCAGGACUCAGUUUAGGACUAAAGACGUUCUCGGGGGAACCAAAGAGAAAGAGAUGACAAUACUGAAGGCACAGAGUGAAGGAACACGGUGACAACUUUUUGUACUGACUUCUUGUUGUCUGUAUUUUUGAGUGCUCAUUUCAUUAUGUAAAAAGUUUUAAUUUAUGUUUUGAUGUUGUUGAAAAUGUAUUUUAUUAUAAACGCCUUGCUUCCAAUAAGAUAUUGAUUGGCCUGCGUGUUUGGCCAUUUUUAUGAAUACAAUACGUAUUUUAAAUGAUUUGCUGUUGGGUUGUUUUGUUUUGUUUUGUUUUGUUUUUUUUUUGUUUGUUUUUUUUUUUUCUUAAUAUCUUAAAUUCAUUCAUUUAAUCUUUCCAGUUACAUUAUGUCUAAGUUAACCUGGGAAUUGAGUGUCUGUAGCACAAAAGCAACAUUGCUUGCUCAGAUUUGUACUUCUCUUCCUAUGUCACGCUUGCUUUUGUUUGACAGUAUAUCUGAGAAGUAAUUGUUUAAAAGAAAAAAAAGAAUUAA